UAGGAUUGGAAACGACUCUGUUUUGAUUUUGCAUUCCUUGUGUGGGGUAAAGAAAUACAUACUGACUCUACUAAAUAGGCUACCCAACUCUCAUUCGACUAAAAAUGUCUAAGCUACAGUUGCUGAGUGUGUUUUUAAAUGAGCGUUUAACGGCAGCAGCUGUGGAGAUUUUCGGGGCAGUUGAGAAAACGGUAGUUGAAUACCAGGAGGAGAAUGAUCGGCUACGGAGACUGCUGCGGAUCACUCCAGAGAUACAACAACGUAAAAUAGACUCCCUACAGCUCUCUGUCUCUGAAGAGGAGGUUCCCCCUGAGCAGCAGCACUGUGAGCAGGAGUGGAGUCCCAGUCUGGAACAGAAGGACCCAGAGACCACACAGAUUAAAGAGAAACAGGAGGAACUCAGGACCAGUGAGGAGGAAGAGCAGCUUCAAGGUCUGGAGCCUGAUAUCAUAGAGUUCAAAUUCACUCCUCCCUGUGUGAAAAGUGAAUGUGAUCCGGAGGACCCACUUUGGUCCUUGACUCUUCCCCAAAUCCAGACUGUGGAGAACAGAGAGAGUGACUGUAAACGAGUGGAUUUCACACGUUUUGGCACUGUGACUCACAUUAAGGGUCUCAACAUUUUCUGUGACCCUUCAGAUAAUCAAAACAAUGCCUCCAGCCACAGUUCAGCUGUAAGCAGCUACACAGUAGGACUUGACAACAGCCCACCAUUUGAGCCUAGCCUAUCAUUGGAUCCAAACCCACCAAUGGGGGAACACUAUUCCAAACCCAGCACCACAUCUAUAAACACUCACCACUGCAGUGACUGUGGUGAAACGUUUCCUCUGAAAGCUGACCUGCAGAGGCAUGUGACUUUUGCCAAGAAGAGACUCAGCGAAUGCCACUUAUGCAAAAAACAGUACAACUCCACUUGUAAACUGAAGGCCCAUGUCCGACUCUGUCACGAUGGGAAACCCUGCACCUGCCCCUUUUGUGGCAAGGCCUUCAAACAAAAAGGACAUCUGUCCAGGCACAUGAAUAUUCACACAGGAGAGAAACCCUUUACCUGUGGUGACUGUGGGAAGAGCUUUAUUCAGAAAGGGGACCUAAGAAGGCAUAUCCUGACUCACACAGGAGAGAAACCAUUUAGCUGUGGUGACUGCGGUAAAGGCUUCAUUCGCAAGGAGCACCUAACCGCACAUAUACGGACUCACACAGGAGAGUAAUCAUUUAUCUGUGGUGACUGCUGGAAAAGCUUUAGUCUCAAGCAGAACCUAACCAUGCACAAACUGACUCACAUUAGAGAGUAGUCAUAUGGCUGCUCAGUCUGAGGUAAAAGAUUAAUUCAGAAGGUAAACAUGCUGAUGCACGUGAGAUACAUCCACAAAGAAAGAAAAUAGGAUGAAAACACAAAAAAAGAAAGACAGUUAGGACAAAGAUCUCCUGUCAGGAGAUGGGAAUUAAAAUGGAGGAUGUGAACAACACUCUCAGAAAAGCCAAGAAAGACAGUUAGGACAAAGAUCUCCUGUCAGGAGAUGGGAAUUAAAAUGGAGGAUGUGAACAACACUCCAUUAAACCCCUACAACUCAUCCAGAACGCCGCAGCCCGUCUGGUGUUCAACCUUCCCAAGUUUUCUCACGUCACCCCGCUCCUCCGCUCUCUCCACUGGCUUCCAGUUGAAGCUCGCAUCCGCUACAAGACCAUGGUGCUUGCCUACAGAGCUGUGAGGGGAACGGCACCUCAGUACCUCCAGGCUCUGAUCAGGCCCUACACCCAAACAAGGGCACUGCGUUCAUCCACCUCUGGCCUGCUCGCCUCCCUACCACUGAGGACAGUUCCCGUACAGUUCCCGCUCAGCCCAGUCAAAACUGUUCGCUGCUCUGGCCCCCCAAUGGUGACACAAACUCCCUCACGACGCCAGGACAGCGGAGUCAAUCACCACCUUCCGGAGACACCUGAAACCCCACCUCUUUAAGGAAUACCUAGGAUAGGAUAAAGUAAUCCUUCUGACCCCCCCCCCCCCCUUAAAAGAUUUAGAUGCACUGUUGUAAAGUGGCUGUUCCACUGGAUGUCAUAAGGUGAAUGCACCAAUUUGUAAGUCGCUCUGGAUAAGAGCGUCUGCUAAAUUACUUAAAUGUAAAUGUACUCUCAGAAAAGCCAAGAAAGACAGUUAGGACAAAGAUCUCCUGUCAGGAGAUGGGAAUUAAAAUGGAGGAUGUGAACAACACUCUCAGAAAAGCAAAGAAAGACAGUUAGGACAAAGAUCUAUCAGAAGAUGGGAAUGAAAAUGAAGGAUGUGGACAACACUCUUAGAAAAGCAAAGCUACUCUGGAUCAUUCGUGCUGUGGGUUUUAGAUAAAUAGAUACAUGAUGGAUUUACUUUAGUAAAAUGUUUUGUGUAAAUAAAGUUUUUGAUUUGAAUUAAACGUUUAGGAAAUA